CUCUGCGUGGCUGCGCUCGUGCUCACUGUGUUCUUUCUCCCUCAACGGUAGAUACAGCUCGACUUCUCACGGUGCAAAGUUACAUCGGGAGCCAGCGGCGAAACGUCGGGUAAUUGUGUGUUUUUUUAAAUACUAAAUGGCGUAGACAUUACCGCUGUUACUUCCGCCGAAAGAUUCUCCACAUGAGAGAAAACACCGGCGUGUCUGUGUGGAUAGAGGAGCCGCAGGUUUCAAGGUUCAUGUGUGUUUUUUUCCCCCUCGGAUUUCGGCUGUUUCACAGACGCUGGUAGGAGCGAUGGAUAAGAGACGUGGCUGGCUGUGGAGCGCAGCAGGCCUGGAUCCUGCUCUCCGACACCAGGGCUGAGGAGCUGCAGAGGAGUGAGGAGUCUCCCCAGGAGACUCUACCCUCCUGGCCUCCAUCAGGCCUUCCUCAGCAUCACCUCAGCUGUCUUUCUCGCAGUCAUCCUCAUUGUCCAGACUGUCAUUGUGCAGCUAAGUCUUGAACUGAGCUGAAUUUAAGAAGUAGCUAUAUUCACAUCUGCCCAGGGGCCCCUGAAUAUUGUUUUAUGUCCUCCUGAAUCUGACUCCCAGUCACACCCAGCAACCAUGAGGAACACCAGAUCGAGCUUUCUGCUGGGCUGCGUGCUCCUCUGCUCCGCCUCCCUGCUCUACCUGGGCAUGAGCGGGAUAGAGUGCCCUCCAAAAAGCCAUCGGUACCGGUGGAUGGAGCUCAACCUGGGCUCAGCCAAUCAGAGCUUAUCCCUGACUGAACAUUUCCCUGAAGACACGCCCCUCAUCUUCAUCGGAGGCUUUCCCCGGAGUGGCACCACGCUGAUGCGCGUCAUGCUGGAUGCCCACAAUGCUGUGCGGUGCGGGGAAGAGACCCGGGUGAUUCCGCGGCUCUUGGCCAUGCGAGCCACCUGGAGCCGCUCGGUUAAGGAGAGGAUACGACUGGACGAGGCCGGCGUCACUGACCAGGUGUUGGACUCAGCCGUGCGAGCAUUCCUGUUAGAGGUGAUAGUCGGCCACGGGGAGCCUGCACCUCGCCUUUGCAACAAGGACCCGUUCGCCUUGAAGUCGCUCUCAUAUCUGUCACGCAUCUUCCCUAAAGCCAAAUUUGUGCUCAUGCUACGAGACGGACGGGCAACCGUCCACUCCAUGAUAUCACGCAAGGUGACCAUCUCUGGCUUUGACCUGACCAGCUAUAGGGACUGUCUGACCAAGUGGAACAGCGCGGUGGAGACCAUGUUCAGCCAGUGCCAGGCAGCUGGGGAGGGCAGAUGUCUGCCCGUCCGCUAUGAGCAGCUCGUCCUCCAUGCAGAGGAGGAAAUGAGGAAGUUGCUUAACUUCCUAGAGCUGCAGUGGGACCCGUCAGUGCUGCACCAUGAAGAGUUGAUUGGAAAGGCUGGUGGAGUGUCUCUGUCCAAGGUUGAACGCUCGACAGACCAGGUGAUGAAGCCGGUGAACACAGACGCCCUCUCCAAGUGGGUCGGGCACAUUCCCUCCGAUGUGUUGAGCGACAUGGCUGAAAUCGCCCCCAUGCUGGCUCGCCUGGGCUACGACCCCCACUCCAGCCCUCCCGACUACACAAGACCAGCGCCCAUGGUGUCUCCGUUCAACUACUCACAGAGUUCGAAAGCAACAGGGACUCCACACAGUUAAGCGAAAGAGAAGAAAAUGCCGUGAACUCGGCUUCACUGUUCCAUGAUAUGGAUGCACCUUAAACACGGACUUCCAGUUCGGCAGUAAUUACACCUCACAAGAAAGUUUCCAUGUGUAUUUUUGAAUUGUUUAAGACUUGUGUGCGGUGUUAAUGUCUGUACACAGGUGAAGUGUUUAAAAAACAGACUGAAGUGGUUUGGGGUUUAUAUCUCAGCUCUUACAUCGCAUGUGGACGACCUGCUGAAGGAAGUUUGCUGCUUCUCACUUUCCAACUUUUCCUCCACGGUGAACCGACAGCAUUACACUGCAUUUUGAUGUGUCCUCUCACCUUGUACCUGAAAGUAUUUCAACAUGUCUGUAAGUUGUUAUGAUUCACCACAAAUGUGAACGUGUCAUUAGACAAAUCUUUCAGAGAAUUAUCACAGAGAGCUCAGAGAGUUCAGUCAGUGUUCAUGAAGCAUAAUGACUGUAUAUUUUUUAAGACGUAUGUUUAUUUUCUUAAUAAAUUAUUUUGGUGUUGGCCAUUUCUUCAGGAAUCUAAAGUUGUUUAUUCUGUAUUGAGGCUUUUUAAGUGUUGUAUAUUGUUGAACAUGAAUAAAAAGACCCUAAAUGUCA